AUUUUUGGCGAUAAAUCAUGGAUAUUAUCCUAUUUGAUGAAGAUUUGAAUCGUUAUGAUCUAUUGCUACUCAACAAUGUCUGUUUAUACUCGAAUUAUUGUACUGUUUUAUUAUGCCGGUAAGCACUGUGCUCUGCGGUGACUAAGCCAUACUAAGGCAGGUACUUCACAUGUUCCCCCUCUAGAUUGCUGUAGUGGGCAGCAUAGGUGUCAUUCAUUGCUCGCUCUCCUUGGCCUUGAGCCUUGUCCUCUGCCAUAUACUUGGCUGCUUAAUUUCUCCGGUCGCUACUAUUGACACAUCUCUUAGCGAUCCUCGUUGGCUAAUGUCAUAAUUAGAAGUAAAAUACUCAGUUGGCAAACGCCCAAUGCUUUGCGAAUAUGGCAUUGCCCUCGCCGAUUCAUAGCGGGCUUCCUGCGACGCUAUCACCGCAUCACGAAAUUCCGAGAAUGCAAUAUCGAAGCCGCCCUGUAUCCGUCGCUGUUGAGCCCGUUUCACUGGUUAUAUCUGAAUGUAUAGCCAUCACCUCGGCCAUUCAGAAACAUGCGCGCUCCCCCCAAUCUGUCUCUGCCAUCCUGGGCGGGAACCCCAAUACUAUACAGUUCGGAUCCCCUAAACCACAGUCCCAACCGCGGGAAAGUGGCGUUAGCAACCCCUUUGGAGAGAGCGAGCACGACGGAACGGCCAACAAUCGAUGGAGCUUUCGCGGCCAGAAGGCGAAGAGUUUGCAGGAUAGCCCCAUGGUCGCAGGCUUUGGCAAGCUUCGUUAUGAGAUCACAGGUGUCCAGAAUAUUCAUUCAUUUGAUGCGCCAACACUCUUAGCACCCUUUCUCUUCGUGAUCCAAGAGAAGGGAACAGCAGCACCGAUUACGAUCUUGGCUCUCGGGGCAUUACGAAAAUUCCUAGCUUACGGCUUCAUUUGCUCGGAGUCCCCUCGUUUUGCUCUCGCAAUGCAGUCACUCUCAGCCGCUGUUACCCACUGUCAAUUUGAUAUAAGUGACUCGGCCCAGGGCGAAGUUGUACUGCUUAUGAUUCUCAACCUGAUGGAGGACAUGAUGUCUGGACCUGGAGGCUACAUAUUAAGUGAUGAGAGUGUUUGCGAUAUGAUGGGACGUGGCCUGGCUAUAUGCUCUCAACCUCGAUUCUCCCCUGUGCUAAGGAGGACAGCCGAAGCCGUCAUGGUUCGAAUGUGCCAAAUCAUAUUUGAAGAUAUUAAGCACCUGGAGGUCGAGGUCGGAGACGAUUCUUCAGUCAUGGACCAGUUGGCCGAUCAGCACAUGGACAAUGUCAAAAUGGAUACCACCGCCGGUAGUACCGUUGCAGAUCCUAUUACCUCCGCCACUGUCCAAGACGAGUCUUCUCCGGAGACUUUAGAUAGUACUGGCAAUGAGAAGGCAGAGGAAGGCUCUGUGAGCAACCAUACCAAUGAAGAGAAUGGAGAGAGUGACACGGAAUCACUGGAUCUACGGCCCUACUCGCUACCUUCCGUCAGGGAACUGUUCCGAGUUCUAGUCAAUUUUCUGGACCCCAAUGACCGCCACCAUACCGAUACAAUGAGGGUAGUGGCUUUACGCAUAUUACACGUUGCGCUGGAGGUGUCUGGACCUUUCAUUGCACGCCAUCCUGCAUUGGCCACUCUUGCUAAAGACCAGCUGUGUUGCUAUCUUUUCCAACUUGUCCGAUCCGAUAACAUGGCUAUCCUACAAGAAUCUUUAACGGUCACUGGAACGCUACUCGCAACAUGUCGAGGUGUCCUCAAAUUGCAGCAGGAACUCUUUUUGUCUUAUUUGGUGGCCUGCCUUCACCCGACAAUUCAUAUCCCCCGCGAGGCUGGCAUUGACCCAUCGCUGUACUCCGGCAUUCCUGAGACGCCGAAGCUGGUCAAACCGCCGCCGUCACAGUCAAAUAGCGGAAGGUCAACGCCCGUUCCUGUAAAAGACCGACAAAAGCUAGGGUUAGAGGGGGGUGCGCGUAAACCCGAUGCUCGACAAGCUAUGGUAGAGGCCAUCGGUGUCUUAUCCAGGAUGCCUACAUUUGCUACCGAAUUGUUUGCCAAUUACGAUUGCGACGAAGAUAGGUCGGAUUUAUGCGAGGACGUGAUUGGGCUUCUUGCGCGAAACGCCCUGCCAGACUCAGCUACAUGGAGUACUACAAGUGUGCCGCCUCUCUGCUUAGACGCACUCUUGCGCUUUAUCCAGUUCAUGGCAGAGAGACUGCAUGAUGACCCUGUUUACGAAAAUCUCCCGGAUCCCGAUAUGCUGAGAGAGAGAAGGCGAAGGAAAAAGACCAUCAUUAUAGGAACGAGCAAGUUUAAUGAGAAGCCAAAGGUGGGGCUGAGCUACCUCGAGGCAAACAAUGUCAUAACUGAUAUCGGAGAUCCUGUUUCUGUGGCUAAAUUCCUCAAAGGAACGUCACGAAUAUCAAAGGCGGUAUUAGGAGAUUUUCUAUCGAAAAGAGGCAAUGAAGCUAUUUUGGGAGCCUUCUUAGACUUGUUUGAGUUUUCCGGCAAACGGAUUGAUCAGGCUUUGAGGGUGCUACUAGAAGCCUUUCGAUUGCCAGGUGAAGCACCGCUGAUCGCAGCCGUGGUUGAGUCUUUCUCCGAGAAAUACUACGAUUGCAACACGACGUCGGAGGUGGCAAAUAAAGACGCUGUCUUUAUCUUGACUUACGCCAUUAUCCUAUUAAACACUGACCAACAUAAUCCCAAUGUAAAAUCUAUGAAGAGGAUGACAUUGAACGACUUUUCUAGAAAUUUGCGAGGGCAGAACAAUGGGCAAGAUUUCUCACCAGAAUAUCUUAAAGAUAUCUACGAAACCAUUAAAUCAAACGAGAUUAUCCUGCCUGAUGAGCACGACAACCAGCACGCUUUUGACUAUGCAUGGCGAGAGCUUCUCCUGAAAUCCGAAACAGCGGGCCAUCUAUCCUCCUGCAACACGAACAUAUACGAUGGCGAUAUGUUUGCCGCAACCUGGAAGCCAGUUGUUUCAGCUCUGUCAUAUGUCUUCAUGUCUGCGACUGAUGAUGCUGUUUUUGCAAGAAUUGUGACUGGGUUUGAUGAAUGUGCUCGCAUUGCAACCAAAUAUGGCAAUGUCGAAGCGCUUGACCAGAUCGUUUACUGCCUCAGCCACAUCACUACCUUGGCUACUCGCGUGCCCUUCAACACAUCAUUAAACACAGAGGUUCAAGUAGGCGACGGUAGCGUCAUGGUCAGUGAGCUGGCUGUGAAGCUUGGCAGAGAUUUUCGUGCGCAGCUUGCUGUUCUCGUAUUAUUUCGAGUUGUUAUCGGCAGCGAGGCUCUUAUUAACCAGGGAUGGAAACAUAUUAUUCAGAUAUGGAUCCAUCUGUUUCUGAACUCCCUGGCACCGCCGCUAUCAUCGACCGACCUUCCAACCCUGCCAAUUCCGGCUAUUCCCCUACAGACUCCCUCACAAGUCAUAGAUAGGGUGGCAAGAUCUAGCGAUAUUGGGUUCUUCUCAGCAUUCACCUCAUACAUAUCUAGUUAUGCCGCGGAUGAUCCCCCGGAACCAUCAGACGAAGAACUAGAGAGCACGUUAUGUACCGUUGACUGCAUCAAUUCUUGCAACAUUGACAAAGUGUUGAACAAUAUCUCCAAACUACCUGCGGAACGCAUUGACAUAUUGAUCCAGUCUUUACUCGAGCAGCUGCCGCAGAGCGACCAUUCAGCUGUUAUUGGCGUAAAGCAGGAUAAUGUGGCAAUCCCUCCCCCUAAUGGGCCAACUCUACCAACACACUUGCCGAGUUACGAUCCUUCUACGCCCUUUAUUCUCGAACUUUGCACAAUUUUAACUAUUCGUGACGGCGGUUCUACUUCAAACACUGCAAAACAAGUCUUCGACGCUGUUCACGGCAUCUUGCGUGAUUACGGACAGUGGCAUGGCAUCACUAUCUCGCGAGCAGCGUUUUAUGGCCUAGCAAUACUCAAAUCGGGUUACGACCAUGAUUUUGUGAAUGUCCCAAUUUUCUUACAUACAGUCUCCAGCUUACCACAGGACCUCCUCUUAAAGACCGCGAGUGUCAUACUUUCUGGCCUUUCCAUCUGCACGCGUGACCCAGGCCCCUUGAGAAGCGAGAUGAUGACUUCGCCCGAUUUUUGGGCCAUCUUACGGGUAGUGGCAGGAGAUGCUAGUGCCGCUGCUCAGAUCUUCGACAUUCUAGAGAGGAGCACUGCUGGAACCCCACCAGCCAUCAUGGCCGAUAACUAUGAGGCAGCUAUUGCAUUGCUUAAUCACUUUGCAUCCGCGGCUGACCCUCUCACCUCCCGGGAUUCUAAAGCGCAUGAAUCGACCAAGCGCGAAGCCGAUAGUCAAGUAGUAGCAAGAGGCUGCCAAGCAAUUAAUACCUUGCAUGGAAUGACUUCUCGGAUUCCACAGCUUAUGCAACAGUCUCAUCUAGAAAGUAGUGAGGCCUGGUCAGCCUACUGGCUCCCUAUUCUUCAGGCAUUGACAACGCAAUGCACCAACUCCUGUCGCGAUGUUCGCCAACUUUCGUUCUCCGCGCUGCAGAGAUCCCUUCUCUCGCCUGAUCUGACUUGUAGCGAUCCCAAGGAAUGGACGGCAAUAUUCAGUCAAGUUUUAUUUCCUUUGAUUUUCAGGCUUCUGAAGCCGGAAGUGUUUUCAUCCGAUAGAGAUGGAAUGAGCGAAAUGCGUGUCCAAGUGUCUUCGCUCCUCUGCAAAGUCUUUUUGCAGUACAUGGUUCUUUUGUCCGAAUGGGAUGGCAUGCUAGACUUGUGGAUCAAGAUCAUUGAGAUCAUGGAUCGUCUAAUGAAUAGCGGACAAGGUGACAGCCUAGCUGAAGCGGUACGAGAAAAUCUUAAAAAUGUUGUCCUGUUCAUGGCUACCAGCGGCUAUCUGGUGUCUCCUGAAAAAGACGCAUCAAGAAAAAAGCUCUGGGACGAGACAUGGGAGAGGGUUGAUCGAUUUUUACCAGACCUGCGGAAUGAUAUUAUCAGCGAGGAGAGUCCUGAGCCAGGGGAAACUAAGGAAGGCGAAGAAAAAUGAUAGACAACUGUUUUUGGUUAGAGGACAGGUUAUAUUUAUUCCAUGUAAUGAUAAUACAUAUGUAGCUGUACAUUGUAAGAAUAUACUGCAUUCAUUUAGAUGGAAAUUUUAUGUGAAUAGAUCAACAAGACGAGAAAGUCAGCAAACAGACAGGCUCCCAUCUAGCGCCUGGUUCAUCUCCUGCAUCCAACAAUUUUUCUAUAUACACACUAAAUGAUUAGCUACCAAUUCUCAGGGCCUGAUUCCAUGCCUGCGUCCAUUAGUAGAUAUGCUGUUCUAUAAUCUAACAAUUGUAUUACACCCCUUCCUUCCCCCCUCAUUACCAGAGCAGCUCCUUGAUUAGUUAGCUACUCGGUGCCUCGUGCUAUUACACUGACUGGUUGGCUCUGUCAGUUUAGUUUCUUGCUCUCCGAGACCGGGUCGAAGAGCCGUUGGCCAUGGCGUUGCUUUCGCUCGUGAUGGAGUCGACAAGGGUGCUAGGGGCCGGAGCUGUUUCUUCAGCAAUCUUGCGGGAUGCCUUUCGAGCGGCAGCCCUGCUUCCUUGCUUUGCAUAGGUGGCAAAAUAAAAGGAAAUGAAGAGGACAAGAUAUGAGCUGAGAAUAAUGAUGCCCGAAAAUGCGGCGAAUUCUUUGCCGGCGCAGCUUCCCCAGUUGGGCAUCCAAGGCCAGUACGUGAAAGUGAAGUACGUGUACGACGCAAAGUAGACAAAACCGAGGUCAAUGACAAACUGGAUGAUUUGCAGGCGAGUAACCCAUUCUUUCCACCAGAUGCGCACGCCGCGGGCGCUCUGGAAGUAGUACCAGUACAUGACAACGUGGACAAAGAGGUUGAGAGAAAUGACAACCCAUUGGACCGAUGUGCUGCCAAUGAGCUGGGUGUAGCAGAGGACAGCCGUUGCGCCGUGGUGGUAGCAAUGAAGGAAAGUCAGGGGCUUUUUCUUGAGAAACAGGAAAACCGUAUCCAGAAGCUCCAGGUAUUUGCUGAGAUAGGUCAUGUAGUACAGGACGACGAGGGGCUGCGUCCAGCCCCCGUUGGCAUCGCAGAUGGCGUAGAGAACUCCUCGGCGAACAAUGGUGGGAACCAGCUGCUCAAUGAAUAGCGCCAGAAUGAUGGCGCUGACCGCCGUGAGGACGAAGUUGUGAAUCAAAAAGAGAGUCUUCAGCUUGAAGGGCUCCCGGUUCCGCAUCAGCUCGCGGCCACCAAAAAUGACGAGGUAGUAGAUGGCGACAAAAAUGGAAGUGUCUCUCAGCGUCGACAUGGGCGUCUUGCCAACGACAAACUCGAACUCAUCUGCAGGAUAUCCGGCCACA